AUGGACAUUAUGUACAAAAUUCUAUAUGACAACAUGUUUAACUACAUCAUGUCUUGUAACUCUGCCAAGGAGAUCUGGGAGAGGUUGACUCAACUCUGUGAGGGCAACGAACAGAUCAAAGAGAACAAGUUUAUGGUUGUUACACAGCAAUUUGAUAACAUCAAAAUGCGUCCUGAAGAGACGAUGACUGAAUUUGAUGGAAGGUUCAACAAGAUUAUCAUCACUCUCUCCACUUUGGGACACUUCAAGUCGGAGUGCAAGAAGCCAAAGCGAGAUAAGAAUAAGAAGGACAAGAAAGAGUCGAAGGCUCUAAUGAUGACUGAUAGCAAAACCAAAAGGGGCCAAAGCGAUUCAGAUGACUCAUCAUCCACUCAUAGUGAUGAUGAAGAGCCUGGAAAUGCAGUCAUACAGCAAAUAAGUGUGCUGAGGCCUUCCAGAUGUAAAUCCAGUUUAGGAUUUAACAAUGCCAGCCCAGACCAGUCGUCAAAGAAGUUAAACCCGGUGAAAGACAAGCUUAAGACAAUAAGCUUUGUUAGAGGUAGUUUAACUGAUAAUGGAACGAAUCCAAGCUGUAAGAACUUAACCUUAAAGGAUGAGAUUAUUUAUGUUCCGCCAACUAUAAGAUGCUUGGAGGAAUCAAUAUGGUAUCUGGAUAGUGAAUGUUCCAGACAUAUGUCUGGAGAUAGACGACUUCUGAUUGAAAUUAUGGAUUUCUCAGGGCCUAAGAUCACAUUUGGGGACAACAACAAUGGUAAGACCAUGGGUAAGGACAAGGUCUGCCCUGCUUGUCAGUUAGGCAAGCAGAGCAAAUUAUCAUUCAAGAGUAAAGGGAAAUCUCAAUCCAACCGAAUCACCACCAGCAAAUUCUCGAUUUUCACAGGAUCUGGUGCGUUUGAAAAGUUUUUGAACCGGUCAAAGCAUGUAGAGAAACAGUUGGUUCAUCCCCUACCCCAAGCAGCAAAGGUGGAUCAUCAAACACUAGUUCUUGAGUGGGUUCUUGGCCAUAUGGUGUGA